AAGCUCACGUUACAUGCAGUUUUUGUGUGAAACAUGGCGCCAAAGAAGAGAUCUCGAGGUCCUGCCAUAGCAAAUAAAGCACAAAGUAAAGAUUUAUCUGAUGCUGAUGCUGAGGAUGGUGUAGAAGAUGGUAAAAGAAAGAGAGUAGCAUCUGCAAAAAAGUCCCAGAAAAGCACAUCCUCAGAGAAGAAAGCUUCUUACAGCCACUGGCUGAUGAAGUCUGAACCUGAGAGCCGGAUAGAGAAAGGCGUGGAUGUGAAGUUUGGAAUUGAGGACCUGAAAGUGCUCCCCAAUCAAACAGGCUGCUGGGACGGAGUGAGGAAUUAUCAGGCUCGUAACUUCAUGCGGGAUAUGAAACUGGGUCAGCAGGCUUUCUUUUACCACAGCAACUGUAAAAAGCCGGGAAUAGCGGGCAUCAUAAAGAUUGUGAAGGAAGCGUACGUUGACCAUACACAGUUCGACAAGAAAGACGUGCACUAUGAUCCGUCCAGCAAACCCGAGAACCCCAAGUGGAGUAUGGUGGAUGUCCAGUUUGAGAGGAUGACCAAGCGUUUCAUUCCACUCACUGAGCUGAAGGAAUAUCACCUGAAGCACAAGAGCGGUGGAGGAGCGCUGAGUAACAUAGCCCUGUUCACCCGAGCUCGGCUUUCAGUGCAGCCCUUAACCACAGAGGAAUUCGACUUUAUCUUGAGUUUGGAAGACACAGACCCCCUAAAAGGAUAAAAACUAUUAAAGGUUAGAUCCUGGAUCUAUGAAGCCAAGAACUAUGAGAAAUGUUCUUGAAGCCCAUACUGACCACUAAGAUUGAUGAUUAUGGUUUAUUAGCUGUUCCUCUGUACAGGGAAAUGAUGGUUAACGUUUGUAUUCUUAAAAUAUAUUCUAUUAUUCAAAAUCAAUCAGUAAACUUUCAUCAAACAA